AUGGAAGAGUAUACCAUGCAGCUGGCCGAGCUUCACCAAAAUAACACGUCGACAAAUGUGAAAUAUCGGUUCUCCAUCGACGCCCUCGUUGGCGCCAGCCAAAUGGACAAUAGGUGGCGGGACACUUGGGAGGAGCUUCUUGCCAGUACGCUCAAGACCCGCACAGCAAGCGGUCCACCAGACCUGCCCUAA